AUGGACAAGAAGAAGGCGGCAGUGCCUUUAGUGUGCCACGGGCAUUCGCGUCCUGUUGUGGAUUUGUUUUACAGUCCUGUUACUUCUGAUGGCUUUUUUCUCAUAAGUGCCAGCAAAGAUUCUUGCCCAAUGUUGAGAAAUGGGGAGACUGGAGAUUGGAUUGGGACCUUUGAAGGUCAUAAAGGUGCAGUGUGGAGUUGUUGCCUCGAUACUAAUGCAUUACGUGCAGCAUCUGCCUCUGCAGAUUUUACUGCGAAAUUGUGGGAUGCAUUGACUGGGGAUGAAUUAGACUCUUUUGAGCAUAAGCACAUCGUUCGGGCUUGUGCAUUUUCAGAGGACACACACCUUCUACUUACUGGUGGAGUGGAGAAAAUUCUUCGUAUACUUGACUUGAAUCGUCCAGAUGUACCACCAAGAGAAGUUGACAGUUCACCUGGUUCAAUUAGAACUGUUGCAUGGCUUCACAGUGACCAGACCAUAUUAAGUUCUUGUACUGAUAUGGGAGGUGUGAGGUAUGAAUGUUGUGCUCAGCAUUUUCACAUUGAUGCAAUAAGGGUCACCAUGGUCCAGUUCACUGUGUGCGAUUCUCGCCUGGAGGUGAAUCCUACGCUUCAGGAUCUGAAGAUGGGACUACAGGAUAUGGCAGACAGGUCCCGCAAACCUCGAAGAGAAUGCGCCAACUGGAAAGCUGAAGGCAUCAGCUCAUGA